AUGGAAAGAAAUGACUAUGGCAGUGAAACAGAUUUAUAUGGACUUGUGUCUAACAUUUUGGAAGAACAAGAUAAGUCACAGCCAUAUUUUGCUGAAGGGACCUGUUCCUCCAAUGUAAAGUCAGUUUGGCCAAUGAACACAAGCAGAUUUGCAGAUCAUCAUGACCUCUUAACAGAAACCAAAAGGCCAAUAGAUACAGCCAUCUCUCAGCAAGCUUUUUAUAGUGGUGAAUCUGUGUCAGCAAUGGAAAAGCCAUACCUGCAUAACAGUAAUUUCACACCACAACAAAAAAUAGAUGAACUUUAUCAUGGACUUACUGGUUUAGACCUUGAAGAACAAUGGAUGUACUCCUCACGAAGUGAUCAUUCUAACUGUUACAAUAUUCAGACAAAUGAUACAGCUAAGACAACAUUCCAAGAAUAUCCAUUUAUCAAAAACUGUCUUAUACCUCAAACUGGUCUUUCUGACAUCAUGAAAGAAUCAGGAGUUGAUAUUUACCCUUAUGGAAGAGACAGAAUAUGUACUAAAGGUCUUGAAGCACCAUUACAGCAAAAAAGGGCAGAGAUGUUUCUUUCUCAAUUUAAUAGAUACAAUGAAAACAUAGAUUAUUGUAGAUACCCAGAAUAUGUUCAUCCUAAUAAGGCUAAGCUUAAUAAAUGUUCAAAUUUUAGUGUCCAAGAUAGUAAAAAAUUAGCAAAUGGCACACCUGAAACAUCAACUGUAGAAGCAGACACCUACACAAAGUUAUUUCAGGUCAAACCAGCGAAUCAGAAAAAAAUGGAGGAGACAAUCCCUGACCAGCAGAAUUUCACAUUUCCAAAAGCUACACCACAUCCGACAGAGAAACAGUUUGGAAAGGAAGCAGGAUUCACCGCUGAUUUUGGAUUAAAAUCAGAAUAUGGACUAAAACCUCACACAGCUUGUCCAGCUAAUGAUUUUGCUAACGUCACAGAAAAGCAACAGUUUGCUAAACCUGAUCCUCCAAAUUCUGAAUAUUUUAAAUCAGUGAAUUUAUUAUCAAACUCAGCAACAUCUUCAGGAGGCAUCAAUUUAAACAGACCAACUUGGAUGAAUGUUCAAACAAAAAAUAACACUUCUGUUCCUUAUCGAAAUCAAGGUAACUUGAUGAAAUUAAAUAGUCAUUUAAGUGCAGCUUCAAAAGGUUCUAACCAUUCUUCAGAUUUUCCCCAACUAUCAUCCACAAACUUAACCCCAAAUAGCAAUUUAUUUCAGAAAUAUUGCCAAGAAAACCCUUCAGGAUUUUCUAGUUUUGAUUUUGGUUACAGUGGUGCAGAAAGAAUCCAAUCUGCCAAUCACAUAGAAGGACUGACAAAGCCUGGAGAAGAAAAUCUCUUUGAAGUGGUUACGGAUAAAAAAAUUAAGCAGCCAAAUGGAUUGUGUGAUAACUAUUCAGCUCAGCAGUAUGGGAUAAUUGAAAAUGUAAACAAACAUAAUUUUCAAGCUAAGCCACAGAACGGACAUUAUGAUCCUGAGGAAGGUCCAAAGCAUUUAGAUGGCUUAUCACAAAAUACAUACCAAGAUCUACUGGAGUCACAGGGUCAUUUUAAUAGCCACAGAACGAGAGGUGGAGACAAUAGCCGUGUGAAUCGCACACAACCGUCAUGCUUUUCUAAUAAUUAUAUGAUGGGAGAUUUAAGGCAUAAUCAGGGUUUUCAACAAAUUGGUUCAAAUGGGUUUCCCCUAAGAUCCACCCACCCAUUUGGCCAUUCAGUUGUUCCACUGUUAGAUUCCUAUGACUUAUUUUCUUAUGAUGACCUAAGCCAUUUGUACCCCUACUUUAAUGAUAUGAUGUAUGGUGAUAAUUCCUUUUCUGGUCUCAUGCCAACUCUUGGAUUUCAAAGACCAAUUAAAACCCGUAGUGGACCAGCCAGUGAACUUCAUAUUCGUCUAGAAGAAUGCUAUGAACAAUGGAGAGCAUUAGAAAAAGAGAGAAAAAAGACUGAAUUAGCCCUUGCCAAGAAUUAUCCUGGGAAAAAAGUAUCCAGUACUAACAACACUCCAAUUCCAAGGCUGACCUCCAACCCAUCUAGAGUUGAUCGCUUAAUUGUGGAUGAACUUCGAGAACAAGCCAGAGUUGUGACUUUACUAGGCAAAAUGGAACGUCUUCGGAGCUCUCUUCUUCAUGCCAAUAUCUCUACUGCUCUUGAUAGACACUUGGAGUCUAUUCACAUUGUACAGUCACGUAGAAAGGAUGAAAUUGUUAAUGCUUCCAAUCGGCAAAGGCAAGGAGUUCCUAGACGUCAAGAUGACAGAGAUGUUUUUGCCCUUGCUUCAGCAAUUAAAGAGAUGUGUGUGGCUACUCGGAAAACACGCACUACCCUGUGGUGUGCACUGCAGAUGACCUUGCCAAAAACAGCCAGUACAGCUGAUGUGGUAAAGGCUUUACAAAAUACAGUAAACUGUGAAGAUAAAGUUCCUGAAGGCAUAAAUAGUAGCAAUCCAAUGAACCAGAGAGGUGAAACAAACAAACAUUAAGGAAAUGCCAGCAGAAAGAAUAAAAAGCUGAUAAAUAUAUCAAGACAUGCUAAAAAUUUUUUAAUGAACUUGUCAAACUUUAGGUAUGUUUUCUUUCAGAUUUAAAGUUAAUACCAAUACCUUAAUGAAGUCUAACUUCUAUUUAAAAAUCUUUUAUAUGAAUCAGAUAUAGUUUUAAGUGAACUCAAAGGUACAGUUGACUACUCAGAAUUCUGAGUAGUCAGGUAACAAGUUUAAGUAAAUUAAAUAUUUCCUAACAACUAAAAUAUGCUUAAACCCAUUCUGUAGUGCAGGUAAAUGCAAAUGUGAAAUUCUUAUAGGAGAUAAGUUUCAUUUAGGUCUGUCUUAGUAAGUAUAAUUCCAAAUAAUGAACCUAAGUAACUGUAACCCAAUUAUGGCUACAGCCUAGUAACCAAGACAAGUUUUGAUUGUGAUAUAAAAUUUUUUCCUUACAAAACUG